AUGGAUCCUUCUCACCCGUGCUGUCCUUUCUGCCCCUUCUCUGAUUGCGAUGCAAACUUUGUGGCAGAGCAUAUUGAAUAUUGCCAUCCAGAAAAUGGAACCCAGGAGCCAGUCCCGCACUCUCUCAGUGGACCAAGUCCAUCUCCACAACCGAACUCUGAAGAAUCAGACAAGUAUGUAGACUGUCCUCAUGGAUGUGGGGAAAUAGUCACCACCACCGAGCUGUCCACUCAUCUAGAUCUUCACGUUGCAGAAGGUAUUGCGCUGGAUGAGUGUGGAUCAGCCCAGUCACCGUUGGAUGCAGAAUCAGGCUUGAGUGACCAUGAUAUCUCCUCCGACCCAGAAGACUCCUUCGGUCGAAUGACCGCGAGGAAAGGGGGGAAACGAGGCCCGGAUUGGGACUUUGCACAACCCAGUUCCUCCAAGACAGAUCAUGCGCGUAGUUCCUCAAGAACAGUGGGCCCAGACGGUGCAAGGCGAUUGGGGCACUCAGAACUAGGCCCUCAUGCCCAUGAGAAGAAGAUGCCCUCAUGGCUGAAGAAGAUGCUAGAGAAGGGUGGUCGCACCUCGAAACAGACCCAGAUCACAGCGGACGGCAGGCUAAGUCGGUAUACAACAGUGGAAAAUGAGACAGAUCAUCUGAUUCCCACUAUUGCAAAACUUUGUGAGCAGGAUAGCUCCGUUCAGCGGGCUUUUCUGUGUUCUCCCAAGGUCCGCCAUGUCUGCAAAAUGCCUCGUGAGGGCGGGUUCUGUGGGUACCGGAACAUUCAGAUGUUGGUGUCUUAUCUCAGGAAAUCUCAAAGCCCAGGUCAUGAGAACUUUAUGCAUGGUAUUCCCACCAUUCUGGAGCUACAAGACAAAAUCGAGCUCGCCUGGGACAAGGGAUUCAACAGUACAGGAAGAACGGAGACUGGAGGCAUUCGAGGCACACGAAAAUUCAUCGGGACACCAGAGAAUAGCAAUUUGCGAGCCUAUGACUCUUUGUACAUGGAUGUCGCCGCCUACUUUCGGUCAGCCUGUACUCUAGAAGAUGAAAAGAGAGUGUAUAAAACAGAUUUGCCUCCCAUUUAUUUUCAACAUCAUGGACAUUCCAUGACGAUCAUUGGAUUUGAAAUUCGUGACAACGGCAGUGCCAAUCUACUGGUAUUUGACCCUAUGUUCAAGACCUCACCCGCCAUGCUUCGCCUCAUUGGAACGUCUGCCCAAUCCAAAAACCCUGGUCGGUUACUCAAAGCGUACCGAAGAGGCGCAUCUUAUCUCCAGAAGUAUAAAAUGUUUGAAUUGCUCAAGAUGAGAACCUCUCCGAAUGUGAUCGUCACCGGCACCCCUGGGGUGGGCAAGACCGUGCACUGCGAGCAGCUGGCGCAGGAGAUCGGCUUGAAGCAUCUGUCCGUGAAUCAGGUUGCCAAGGACCGCGACUGCUACGAAACAUACGAUGAGGAGCGGAAGAGCUGGGUUGUUGAUGAGGAUAAGUUAUUGGAUGCAAUUGAAGAUGAAGUCUUGCAGGGCGGGUACUUGAUUGACUGGCACGCCUGUGAUCUCUUCCCCAAGUCGUGGAUUGAUCUCGUUGUGGUCCUCCGCUGUCCCUCGACCGCCGUUCACUACGACCGUCUUGCCUCCCGGGGUUAUCACGAAGAAAAGCUGCAGGAAAACUUGGACGCGGAGAUCUUUGGUGUCCUUCUUGAAGAGGCCCGCGAGGCAUUUGACGAGGAAAUUGUGGUGGAAUUGAAUAGCGAAGAGGAUGGUGACGUCGACAACAACUGCGCCAGAGUGGCCCAGUGGGUCGAUAACUGGAAGAAACAGCAUGGCGCCGAGUGA